UUCUGGGCGCCGACUAAUAAACAUCCUUUAAUAGAUGGCGAAAAGUACUUGAGAAUAGAUAAUCAAUAGGCGACAUACCUAACGGCCUCGCCUGACGCAAAGUAAGGAUAGCCUUACCGAUAACAGUUAAACUUGCAGGUUUUAAAUUAAAGCAAAUGCACAGUAGUUGGUGUCGUGUCAAGAUUUAUAAAUUAAACUACAUAUAUACACCGUUCAGAGGAUUUGGAUAUUGAAUACGAUAUGAGAGUUCGAUUCACAGUAUUCAAGCAAAAUGGAUAAAAGAAUGUGUAAACCAUGUUUAUUCGACAAUACAAAGAAGGAAGGGGACGGAUUUUGUGUACAUUGUGUAGAAUAUCUAUGUAACGACUGUUGUCGUGAACACAGGAAGAACACUGGCACGCGCGGUCACAGAGUCCUAAAAGACGAGAACACGCCACAAGAUGACGGUGUUUAUCAGGAGAUAAAGCGUCUGAUAACAUGUCAGACUCACCCGGAAAAAGACGUCGAGUUUGAAUGUUCUGACCAUAAACAACUCAUUUGUGUCACUUGCUUCACGCAUUCUCAUAGAGAAUGUGAGCAUAUAGCGGACAUAUCCUCAGCAGAUACAACCCCGGUAGAUACAACCGCAACAGAUCUACAGACGGACUUGCAACAACUAGAGACACGGAACACCAACGUUACGCGUAUGACAAAGAGGAAACUGUCGAGUCUUCAGCAUCAAAAGACCCAAGUCAGAAAGGCUUGUUCGGACUUCUCAAAAACAGUAAAGAAACAUAUAGAUUCACUAAAAAUUGAUGUCGAUGCAGAAAUCGAAAGGGGUAUUGUUCAAGACAUAUCCGUAUUACAAAAUGAUGAAACAACUAUUAAAGAAACAGAAAAGGAAAUAUCAUUUAUCAAAAAUAUGAUUAAAGCAGUUGAUGGUUUUGAGAGCAACCUGAUCAGAUCGGUUGUCAGUAGAAUGGUUAAUAUCAAAAUUCGAGAAAUUGAACAACGUCUAGAAGGCAUUCAAUCAACACCCGUUAGUCAAUAUACAUUUGAACCUGAAAAGGAGUUAACACAUUUCAAUUCGCUCGGAAGAAUAGUUUCAAGCGAGAUGACGGAGCUUGCUUUUCUUGCUAUUGACGAACAACAAAUAUCAAGCGAAGAAGUUAUGGAUGCACCAACAAAAACCAAAAUUGUUACUGCUUCUAUACCAGAAGAAAACACAGCUGCCAUAAAACUAAGCUCUGAAUCAAGUACAAGCGAUAAAUCGAUUCCAAACAGAAGUAAAGAUGAAGUCAAAUCAUUUCUUGACAUGAACGUGUCCGAAACGCCUCAGAUUAUAAACGUGAAAACUAGCAAUGAUAAAGAAAUGUGUUCGAUAGUUGCAUGCGGUAUUUUACCAGAAUCGGUGGGGGGUUUAAUUGCCCUUGAUUCGAACAACUGCAAACUGAAAGUAUUCAGUGAGACAUUUGCCCCGCUUCACGAAGUAAAUCUCUCGGAUCAACCCCUAGACAUGUGCCUAACAUUGCAAAACGAUGCAUGCACUGCAUACAUUUGUUUUCCACGCAUUAAGACCGUUUCUUUGUACCGCAUCUCACAAAUGGGUAUAACUCCAUCUGGUUGUUUUCCGACUAAAAGGCACCCAAUUUCAAUCACGAGCAGUGGUAACACGCUGUUAGUAUUAUCUACUGUUAGGGAUUUAUUACAGACGCCUUCUGCUAUCAGAGGUGUCGAAAUUAUAAGAAUUAAUGGCAGUCAACAUUCAGACCUCAAAAGUUCAUUUGACCUUAACAAAUGUACACGCAUUCGAAUGCUAAACGACUUCUUUUUAGUGUCUAUUGAGGAUAUAAGUGUAAAUUGUUACAAGCUUAAUGGGUUUAAAACAGAAACACUGCAAUCAAAAUGGAGUUGCAAACAGGGAACACAUAUGAAAAAAAAACCUGGUGAUGUUGAAUUUGAUAAUGCGGGCAAUACGUACGUUUGUGUGAAAGAAACUCAUGUUAUAUACCAGGUUAAUGCACUCGACGUUAGGGAUAGUCGACAACUUUGCCGUGUUGCCUUCCCUCUGUCCUUGUCCAUGGACAGUAAAUUAAGACGUCUUUUUGUUGGAUGUAUGAACAAUGACAACAUGUACAUUUAUCAUUUUUCAUGAACAAACUGAUUUGUU